AUGACCUUUGCUUCCAAACUCCUUACAUGGAUGGACCUCAUCAGAGAGCCUCGGGAUGGGGGACGAACUGCGCAUACGGGGAAAAAGGAGGCUGACCUUUUGGUUACUUUUGAUCCUGAAUCUAUUCCCGUCUGCUCCUAUAGUUUGUCACUUGCUCGAAAAUGGUUGAUUGUGCUAAUCGUUUGCACUGCAACUGUCUGCGUCACCUGCACCAGCUCCAUUUACACUACCACAUAUGUACAAAUGGAAGCCAAAUUCAACCCAAGCAGACUGGUCUCAACUGUCGGCAUCUCAGUCUAUGUCCUUGGCAUUGCUCUGGGUCCGUUACUGACCAGUCCUCUGAGUGAGUGGUUUGGACGAAAGCCCAUCUACCUAACUUCUUGGUCUCUGUUCAUUAUUUGGAACAUUCCGCCUAUCGUUGCGCGAAAUAUUCAGACAAUCAUCAUUGCUCGAUUUUUCACCGGGCUCACAGGCGGCACUUUCUUAGCUGUCGCAGGUGGCACGGUGAGAGAUCUGUUCUCAGAUCAUCACAUUCAGAAACCUAUGGCGGUUGUUGCAGCAGCACCAUUUAUGGGCCCUUGCUUCGGUCCUUUGAUUGGUGGCUUUAUCAACUUCAAUACUCAUUGGAGAUGGACGUAUUAUUUCGUGAUCAUUUGGUCGGUUGUGCUACUUCUCUUGAUACUGGUAUUCACUCCGGAGACAUACCAUCCAGCCAAGCUACAGUCCGCGGCUAGGAAGCUUCGCAAACAAACUGGAAAUGAUCGAUAUCAGGCUGAUGUGGAGCAAAAUGGCCAAAUCAAGGGCAAAAUGCUCCUGAUCUCACUUCUGCGGCCAUUCCAGCUUCUUUUCUUGGAGCCCAUGUGUCUCUGCUUGGGGAUUUACUCGGCUCUUCUUUUGGGUAUUCUUUAUCUGUUCUUCGGUGCAUUCCCGCUCAUCUUUGAAACGCAAUAUGGCAUGAAUAUUUGGCAAAUUGGCCUCACCUUUUUGGGAAUCAUCAUUGGGAUGAUUGCUGCAGGACUCAGUACGCCAUUAUGGACUCGAGUCCGUCAACGUCUUCUAGAUCGGUCUAAAGAUGGGCCUGAUGUGCGACACCCAGAGUACAGGCUGCCCCCAGCUAUACUGGGUGGUUUCUUGACUCCGAUCGGUUUAUUUUGGUUUGGCUGGACCACACGACCUAGUAUUCAUUGGAUUGUACCUAUUGUGGGCUCUGGGGUUUUUGGAUUCGGAACUUUAUUGACAUUCAUGGGAAUUUUCACAUUUCUUGUCGAUGCCUACCCCAAGCAUGCUGCAUCUGCGCUCGCUGCCAACGGAUUUACAAGGAGUUCAUUUGCUGCCGUUUUUCCUCUGUUUGGCGUUCAGCUAUACGAAGGCCUCGGCAUUCAAUGGGCGACUAGUCUUCUGGCAUUUCUCACGGUCGCUAUGGUGCCUUUUCCGUGUAUAUUCUUCAUUUACGGGAAGUCUAUUCGAGGGAAGAGUAGGUUUGCAACUGCAGGUUGA